UUGAGUCGAACGUGCCGCGAAAUGUUGUCAACGCUGCGGCUGUUUUUGGUGUUGCUGUUGCUGUUGCAGCCACUGCUGAUUUGUGGGGCAAACAGAACGCAAUUGUUGCAGCUGAGCAACUGUAAUGCAACGCAGUUGAACGAAUUGAAGGAUGUGGCAACGCUCAACGAACUCAGGUUGAGCAAUUGCAGUCUGUACAAUCUAAAGAACGCCCUCUUUGUGCAAUAUGGCCAUCUUUUAAUCAUGGAACUGCAGCACUGUAAACUUAAUUCCCUAGAGGAUUAUGCACUUAAUGGCCUGGCACGUCUCCAAAGCCUUUCACUGGCCCACAAUAACCUGAGCAACGUCAGGUCCUGGUCGGACCAGCCUCUGGCAGCACUCUCCUCACUCGACCUCAGUUUUAAUGCGCUGCAACAACUGGUCUCUCGGAGUUUUGAGCAAUACCCCCAAUUACAGCAACUGAAUUUGAGUCACAAUCUCAUCGAACACCUGCAGCCGGACUGCUUUCACAAUUUGGUGCACCUAAAGCAUUUGCAACUGCACAAUAAUCGCCUGCAGCUAAUUGAAGCCAGCUUCUUUUUGGGUCUACAUCGCCUCUCCAGCCUGGCCCUGCAGCACAAUCAAAUCACUCAAGUAGAGCCGGCAGCCUUCGAGAGCAACACACAUCUACGCACACUGAGAUUGGAACAUAAUCAACUAACUGACUUGCAGUUUCUCCUGGAACGCAGUCUGGGACGACUGGUUCACUUGAGUCUAUCCAGUAAUGGGCUACAGGAGCUGAGACCUGAGGGAUUUGUCGAAUAUUUCGAGCUGCAGCAUCUGGAUUUGAGUCAUAAUCGGCUGAAGGAACUUACUAACCAUACUCUGUUAGGACUGGAAUCUUUGGAGCUUCUGAAUGUCAGUCAUAAUAUUGUAACCCACAUCGAUGCGGAGAGUCUGCAACCACUGAGCAAUUUGCAGCAGGUCGACUUUAGUCAUAAUCUUCUGCACACACUGCCCGAUAAGCUUUUCCAUUCGAACAGCCAGCUCAAGGACAUCAAUCUGGACAAUAAUCAACUGGGCGAGCUGCACGCCAGUCUACUAAAGCAACUGAUCCACCUGGAUAGUCUAAAUGUUGCCCGGAAUCGUCUCAAGGAUGCCAACUGGUUGCAACAAUUGGCGCCGGCACUAAAUCGGUUGAAUUUGAGCGUGGAUCUCAGCUCGAAUCGCUUACAGUCGCUCAACCUGAGCAGUUUGCUGUUCUUUAGGCAUGUGAAUCUGGCGGACAAUUAUUGGAACUGCUCGUGGCUGGCCAGGAAUAUGAUGAGAACGCCACCAGCUUCGCUGAAUUUUGCCCGCAAUUGGCCCAUGCUGAGCGCCUGGAGCGAUAUGACAGUGUUCAAUGUGCGCGGCGUCGAUUGCUUCGAUGGUCAACAGAAUCGCUCCAUUGUGCUGCUCGAUGUGGGCGUGGUCAGGCAGCAAACAACGCCUAUUUCUACUUGUGACUGUGAGCAAACUACCGAUGAGCUGGGUCCUUUGACACCGCCACUGUCCUGGCCGAGGAUACGCACAGAUCGCUUCGAUUCCCGUUCGGUGAUCAUCUGGAUGCUGGUGGCAAUUGCAAUAGCCUUUGCCGGACUGCGCUGGGCCCAGCGAUUUAUGGACCGCAAGGCGGGCGGCAAGAAGUUAAGAGAAAUGAAGAAUAUGAGCAUUCAGAAAGUGGAGGUGGAAACUCAGCGCCUGAGAAACGAUCGCGAACGAUCGUAGUAAAAGAGAGACACCGAAAAUUAUCUAUAAAAUUCUUUAUAAGUAAAAAUAUGUACUAAUUGUAGAAGAAGAAAGGUGUUAAAACAAUAUCUGAGUAUUAAAAAAUAUAGCUAAAAAUAAUGUAA